UGUUUUUCCCCACUCGCGCACGUCCGGACGACGAGCGUUCCCUUCGACCGAGCGAGCAGCGAGCAGGAGCCGACGAUGAUGCUCGCCGAGCCGCUGCGUUCGGCCGUGACUGUGGGCAGCCCGGAGGACACCUCGCUGGCUCUGCCCUCCGACGCCAGGCUGCACACGGGGGCGCACCGGGUGCUGGAUCAAGUGCAGACCAUCAAGAGGAGCAAGUCCAAACACGGGCCAACUUUGCCGCCUUUGUCACCGCUGGACGAGUUUGGAACGUUCCAGUUUUUGCCGAGCAAAGCCAACGGCACCUUCGGCGUCUCCAAGUCGGCGGCGUACAACAAAGCGCAAUAUUCCCAAAGGAGUCGGUCCCUGUCCACCAAAGGCCUGGGAGUAAGACACCACAGCUCCUCCGGUGGAUGGGAUCAACAAAUCAGCGCUUCCAACUGGCCUCAAAGUCCCAUCGGGAUGAAACCCAGCCGCAGUGAUCCUGCUUUGGCUCCUGCAAGCAUCAGGAGAGUCAAAGGGCAGAGCAGCCAGAGUCACGUGAAGAGACUCAGCACACACUCCGCGAGCAAUGGCAUCCACAAAGGCGGGGGCCGACAGGGUUUUUUGGAAGCGCCUCCCGACCAGUUUCAGGCCAUCAAAACGUCCAAGAUUGAACAACAAUCGGCCGUCAACAGUUCCCUGAACGUCUCGGAUUUGACCAUCAAGGAAGCUGUGGAGUUCUUGUCUCACCCUGAGGAGAAGUUCCAGCAGUGUGGUGCCACCAUCAUUCAGCAAACCACUUUUAAAGACGAUCGUGCCAAACAAGAGGUUCUCCAGCUCGAGGGGAUCCCGACUCUUGUGUCCCUGCUGCGCAGCCCGAGUCCGGCUGUGAGCCAGGCCGCCGCCGGGGCCUUGAGGAACCUGGUCUUCAAGAACCACAAGAAUAAGCUGCAGGUCCAGCACUGUGGCGGCAUCGCGAAGGCGCUGCAGUUACUAAAGGAGACAGAAUGUAGCGAGACCCAGAAACAGAUCACAGGCCUGCUGUGGAACUUGUCGUCCGCCGACGAGCUGAAGGGAGAACUCAUAGCCACGGCGCUGCCCGCCCUGACGGAGAACGUGGCGGUGCCGUUCACGCGCUGGUCGGACGACAGCGCCACCAACAACAUCCACCCUGAGGUCUUCUACAACACCACGGGCUGUCUGCGCAACCUGAGCUGUGCUCAGCUCAGGGAGCGGAUGGCAAUGCGAGACUGCCGCGGACUGAUCGACUCCCUGAUGUGCUACCUGCAGUCCUGUGUUGCCGACGACAACCCCGAUGACAAGUCUGUGGAGAACUGUGCCUGCAUCCUCCAUAACUUGACCUACCAGCUGGAGGCCGAGUCCCCCAAGUGCUUUGCUGACCUCGUCCCUUUAACGGAGAGCCAAUCGGGCAGGAAAAGCCCCACGGUUGGCUGCUUCAGCCCCAAGAGUGGCAAGGUUCCAAAGCAGUUUUCAUUUGACACUGUUCAAGCCAUGUUGGACGAAGGUGACCCAAAAGGUGCCAAGUGGUUGUGCCACCCCAAAGCCAUGCAGACCUACUUGUCGCUGCUGAGCUCGUCCCAGAAAGACGGCACCUUGGAGGCGUGCUGCGGUGCACUGCAGAACCUGACUGCCAGCAAAGAAUUGGGUUCUAGCGCCAUGAGCCAGAUUCUGGUCCAGAAGUUGGGGGCUCUGCUGCACAUUACGCCUCUGUUGAGGUCGCCUAAGCAAAGCCUGCAGAAAGCUGCCGUCUCCCUGCUGGGUAACAUCGGCCGAACCAGCAGCCUGCAAGCCUCCAUGGCAAAGCAGGUUUUGCCGGAGCUCACCGGCCUCCUCUCUGCUGGCCCCCGAGAACUGGGCAACUCCGACGAAAGCGUAGCGACGGCUUGCAACACAGUGCGGAAUCUGAUGAUGGCGGACACGGAGGCCAACAGGAAGUUUCUCGAUAGCGAUUUGGUUUCAUCACUGGCUGACCUCAGCAGGAAUGGCGCUUUUCCCAAAGGCAGCAAAGCAGCGUCUGUGCUGCUCUACCAUUUAUGGAACGACAAGAACUUGCAAAGCAUUUUGAAAAAGCUAGGAAUGAGCAAGUCGUUAUUCAUCAACGACAGCACCACGGCGGCGUACAGGUCCGUGCAGAUUAUCGAGUGACGGAAGCCCAGGGAGCGACGGCGCGUUUGCCCAGAGGUGGGAAUCGGCAUGUUAAGACAGUGUUGCGGCCGCACCCUUGCAACACGGAGGGUAAAAUUACCAGCUUUAGCUAUUCAAAAUCUUAUCAUUGCUGUACUGUGUAGGAAGAAGAAGAAGAAGAAAAAAAGCUUUUAACAUCGUCAAGAAUCCUGCGGAUCGGUUUGCGAUUGUGUACAAAUAUAGUAUAAAUGGGCAAGUGUGUUUUUCGUUUGGUUAACAUGAGUGUGUUUUUUUUAUUUUAUUAUCAUUUUUUUUAAUGGCCUCAACUGAGUACGAAAAUAAAGGAGGAUAGAUACAUCUUUCUUAUGGCCUCGAGGACACAGGAGACGACGAUGUAUGUGAAUGAAAGAGAGAAAAAUGGGAAUGUCUUUUGUGUUGUUCAUUUAAUCUCUCUUUCUCUCCCUCAACAACAACUUUGAUGAAUAUUGCUCAACAUUAAGUUACGGGGAAAUUGCUUUUGACGAUAUUAGAGGAGAACCUAUGCCACGUAACACAGUUAGCCUAGCUUAGCAUGAGCCUUUCAAUCAGGAGGAGACACUGCUAUCUCCUUGAACCAUCCCUAUUUAAACUCAGUGGUAAUUUGUGAAACAUUAAAUAGCACACAUUUGCUAUAUUAACCCACUACUAGCAACUCAUUAAACUCACCAUGACAGUAUAUUUACCAAUAUGUACAAUUAACUUGAAAUGUUCCUUUUCUGUUCAUGUUACAAACAGGCAAAGUCAAAUGAUUGAUAUUUUAAGUUACACUUUGUUUUGUUUGUUGGUUUUUUUAACAUUGUCUGUUUUAUGAAUAAAUUGAGGAAUUAAAAAAAAA